ACGUCAGCGCCAACAUGCACUGCAACUUUAACGGGACUCUGCUGAUCAGCGUGCUCCCUCCUCUGCUGGCCACUGAGUUUGUUUUGGGAGUUUUAGGGAAUGGAUUGGCUCUGUGGAUCUUCUGCUUCCACCUGAAGCCAUGGAAAAGCAGCACAGUGUUGCUCUUCAACCUGGCCAUGGCGGAUUUUCUGCUCUUCAUGGCUCUGCCUUUCAGGGCAGCCUACUACAGUUCUGGGAUCAAGUGGAGGUUUGGGGGCACGUUCUGCAACGUCUGCCUCUUCCUGCUGGCGAUGAACCGCAGUGGCAGCACUAUCUUCUUGAUGGUCAUCGCUUUGGAUAGAUACAUGCGUGUGGUGCACCCUCAUCACCCCAUCAACUCUCUGAGUGUCUCCAAAGCCAUGUGUGGAGCUCUGGCACUGUGGUUCCUCACCAUCUCCAUGACAGCGCAUAUUUUCACCUUAAAACACACCAACACCACCUACUGUGAGAGCUUCCUGAUCAACACUGUACCCAACCACAACCUCACCUGGCAUAAGUUUGAGUUUAUCUUCUCUUUCUUCAUGCCUCUGGUUGUCAUUCUCUACUGCACCGUCCACAUUAUUGUCCAGCUGAGAGGCAGGCAGCUGGCCCAGCAUGCAAAGAUUAAGAAGGCGCUGUGCUUCAUCACCGUGGUCGCAGCCCUCUUCUUCAUCUGCUUCUUCCCGAGCAACAUUGUGCAGGUUCUGAUUUGGAUCAAGACCCGAGAAGUAUCCAGCACCCUGCAAGGAUCUGACAUCUGCCCAGCUAUGGAGGAUCUGACCACGGCUUUUUACAUCAGCAUCAGCCUGACUUAUCUCAACAGCGCACUGGAUCCAAUAGUCUACUACUUCUCCAGCCCUGCUUUCAAGAACAUCUGCAGGAAAGCUCUCCACCUGCAAGAGGCGUACACGGUUGAGAGUACAGAGAGGAGAACUCGGGAGACGGGCUCCCAGUCACUCAGCCAGCUGUGAUCACAAAGACCGCAUCAAGGUAUCAUUUAACUGAGAGACUCUCAGCUGGAGGGUCGGGACCCAAAAGUGGGUCAAGAAUGUAAACCUGGGAAAAAUGUGUUAUAAAGUCUAUAGUGUACGGCAGCUUUAAGACAACAUGUCAAUUUUCAAUUUUCACAAAAUCUCAAAUUAUUUAUCACAUUAAAUCUGGUUUUAUGAUAUGAAUGCAGACCAGUCUGGUCCAAGCCUCAGACAUCCUCAACUAUAAGCAAGAAAGAACAUGAUGGAUAAAGGUCACUGAUUCAUAAGAAAAGGGACAAGACACAUUCUGAACAUGACUUUAUACUUUUGUUUUCCUCUCUGGCUUCCUGAUGGUAUCAGGAUCCAGUUUAAGAUUCUUCUACAGGCUUGAAAGCUGAGGUGACCGAGUGUUGGUGGUGGCUGCUCUGGGAAUAUCUACUGAAAACAAAGUCCUUCCUUAAGACUCACCUGUUUGAACACACUUUCAAUAUAAACUAGCUUUGAAAUCUUGACAUUUUCUGCUCUUAUUUGUAUUGUUUAUUAUUGCUUUUAAAUUCUUUCGUAUUGUGUUUUAAUGCCUAGUGUGUCUGAAGCUGAACUUGUACAGAACUUUGGUAAGCUGUGGUUGUUUUAAAUGUGCUAAAGAAAUACAUUUUGACCUUACUUUUAUUUCAGCAAUUUGAAGUUAACAUUUGUGUGGAUUGAGGUCUCAACUAGCAGUUGUGUGCAGGAACAGAUUUUAAAUUCAGCAGAUUUUCCACACUAGAUUUUUCUUGAUGAUCUUGAUGAUUUGUCUUGUUUUGGGUGUUAAAUUAUUGA